UCUUGGCACACUUCUUCCCCAUAGGAGCUAAAUAUGAUAAAUAGAAAAAUAUACAUACUCAACACCACACACACAUAGUUAUUUUAUAAACAAGAAAAUAAAAAUUCUGAAAUGUUGACCAUGCUAGUAUUAAAAAAUGACAAAGGGAAGAUUCGUAUUUGUGAAGAUUUGAUUUUAGGUUAAAAUCACCAUCCAUUCCCAAGGCAUAAAAGAAGAACUCUGCCCUUUUUGCACAAAUUGGUCCCGAUAUGGGAUUCCCUUUUUCUCUUUGCUGGUUGAACCACUCCAGCAUUGCUCUGUCCAGUUCCUCAUACAUGGAUGGCUUCAUGGACUUCCUCUUGGCCAGAAGGCUUGUGGAAUCAGAGCUGCUUGCAAGCUUAAAUGAAAAUGGUACAUGUUAGAAGACAUGAAACAAGGAAAAACUCUAAAACUCAAGUGCCUGAGCAGAAAUCUCGAGUCGAUUGGAGGCGGACUAAAAGAAAUAGUAUCUCACAGUUAUUUGAUAGUGAUGAUGAGCUAGAAAGUGAUGAAGAGCUUGAUAGUGAUGAAAGUGUUGAUGAUGAAGAGCUUGAUAGUAACAAGGGGCUUGAUGGUGAUAAAACACCAGAAAAUGAAAGAGAGCUUAAAUAUAAAGUUGAAAGCGAAGGAAAAAACUAUAAGCAUCUAAUUAACACUAGAAAUAGUUUAAUAAAUGAAGAAGAAAUGAACAAAACUAAGCAUGAAAGUACUCACUUAGCAGAUUAUGAAAAGCAUCCAAACCAAGAGGACAAUGAUCUCAAACAUACUGGACAAGCAAUAGAGGAGGAUUUAGAAGAACACAUCAUGAGAGGGAAAAGAAAAAGGAUCUCUUCUGUAAUGUAUGACAGUGAUGAGAGUGAUGACAGUGAUAUCCUAAUUAGAAAAGUAGGUGUUAAACGUCCUCAAAGAGUAGUUGAGGAUGAAUGUUCUUCAGUGGAAAUGGAACAAAACAACCCUGAGAAAACAGUGGCUGCACGAAAGCGAGAACAACUCCAGAAGCUGAAAGAACUCUCAAAACAAAGAUCUCAUCAGAGACGCAAUAGUGGUAGAGAUUUUGAGGAUGAUGAAAAGGAAUCAUGCCCAAGUAGUGAUGAAGAUGAUGAUGAAGAGGAGGAGGAUUAUGAAUAUGAUGAAGAUGGAGAUGAUUAUAUUAUUGAUGAUUUUGUAGUACAAGAUGAAGAGAGUGAUGAAAAUAAAAACCAACGGAGAGAACAAUUGACUACAUCACAACUGAAAUUAGUAAAACAGAAUUCUCUUUAUUCUUUUAGUGACCACUAUACUCACUUUGAAAGAGUUGUGAAGGCCCUUCUAAUCAAUGCCUUAGAUGAAUCUUUUCUGGGAACAUUGUAUGAUGGCACCAGGCAAAAAUCAUACGCACAAGACAUGUUGACGUCUCUUCAUUAUUUGGAUAACCGCUUUGUUCAGCCUCGUCUAGAGAGUUUAGCUUCUAGAAGUCGUUGGAAAGAGCAGUAUAAGGAGCGGGUAGAAAAUUAUUCUAAUGUAAGUAUCCGUUGGAAGACUCCUGAAAACUGUUCCUGCCAGGCUUGUGGAUUGCAUGGCUACUGUAGAUUUUCAGUGCAUUUAUCAGGAAAGUUGUAUAACACCAGGACCAUGGAAACAGAUGAUUUCAUGUCACAUGAUAAACAGGAAUGUUGCUUCAUUGCAAAGACAGAAGAAGUUGAAGAUGAACAGGUUAAAGAAACAGUGGAAAGAAUUUUCAGUCAGUCAAAAGAAAAUGGGUGGAUUAAGCAGAAAUAUGGUCAACUUGAAGAAUAUCUCAAUUUUGCGGAUUACUUUCAAGAUGAGAAGUUUGAAUUGUAACACAUUUCCUUCAGAGAAGACUUUAUAAAUUCCUGUAAAUGUGAAGAUCAUGAGUAUUGUUCCUCUGCAUCAUGUGACAUAUUUAUAUAUUUUACUUAUAUCUUUAUGGCAAAACAUCUUGUUUUUAACAAAUGUUUAUCUUAAUUCCCAUCAAAUGGUACCCAACAGUCUAAUAAAGCUUUUACCUGAUGUACAUAGAAAAAAAAAAAAAAAAGAUUUG